UGACGUCAUUGUUUGUGCUACUAGCAGAAUAUUAAUCAUUGUCCCAUUGUUGUUUGUUGAAGCGUAACGUUAGCUGGCUAGCUAACUGACGGUAUGUAUUUACACCCAAAAUAUUUGCAAGAAUAUAUAGCGAAUUAUGGGAAAUAAGAACAUGGCAAUUAUUUAUUUUUGUUCAAAUAAUUUGUGUAUUGUGCUGAGCAUUCUUAAAACAUUCGCUUGCUAACUAGCUAUGUAAAUAUGGGCUAACAAAAGACCGCAAACGACCGCUAGCCAGCACAUUUAUCAGGCACCACCUAAAACAUCUUCAUGACUUCAAUAACGUUAGUUGGUUUUAAAAACUAAUGGAAGCCAGACAUAUCUAACUAGCUAUACUGUAUUACAUCUAGCUUGCUAUCUAGCUAACGUUAGUUAUUUUUGCUCUAGCUAGCUGCUAGCUGUGGCUAACAAACAAGCAAGCCCGUUGCGUUGACAUUAGCUAACGUUAACAGAGCAUCUUGAUUUUCUUUGCUGUAACGUAGCUGGUUGUUUUUGUUUUGUCCCAUUUUAUACGAUUCAGAUUUGAGGUCUUCAUUUUUCUUUUGCAACACUAACACGUUAGUUAGCUAUAACGGCUCACUAGCGCACUGCAUGGCUAGUUAGCUAGCUAUUAACGUUACCUACGACACAACAAUGGGAUGGAUCCAUGAUAGCUAGCUAGUAAUUCUAUGCUGUGUUUUGGUGUUCAGAGGGGGCUGGAUUCGAAGCUAGCAACUGCCAUUGUAGCUUGCUAGUUACACCAGCCCUCUGCAUAAUCGCACCUUUAAUUAGUUGCAAACAGUAGCAAAAAAGGUUUUGCAGUCAUGCAGCUAGUUACCAUUAUUAGCGAUUACAAAUGUUUAUUUUCAAGAAAGGGCGAGACAAAUGUGCACGCCCCCAUUCUUUGUUAUGGGAAGCUAGGGGACACUCAUUGAAUAUGGCCAAAGCUCAGGGUGAAUUUGUCCUUGUUAUGUUUUUGAAACUGUAUGUAUAUCCUCUCCUACUAGACCUACACAAGUCACCAUGGGGAAAGAUCCUAGGAAGCCGAGAGGCAAGAUGUCCUCAUAUGCUUACUUCGUGCAGACCUGCAGGGCUGAGCACAAGAAGAAACACCCCGAAGGCAGUGUCAACUUCGCUGAGUUCUCCAAGAAAUGCUCAGAGCGAUGGAAGGUAGCAUUACACACCAGUGAAUGAUUGUGAAGUGACAUGUUUCUGGUACAUAUUCAGAAUGGUUAUGGAUUUAUUUCCACCUUGGUAUGUUUUGUUACACUUGAGUGACCUUGUGGCCAUGUAGAUGUGUAAUCUGAAUUUAUACCUCUACAUCCAGCCCUUGUCUCCUAAAGAAAAAGGCAAGUUUGAAGACAUGGCAAAGCAAGACAAGGUCCGCUAUGAGAGCGAAAUGAAGAACUACAUCCCACCCAAUGGCCAGAAAAAGAAGAGGUUUAAGGAUCCCAAUGCCCCCAAGAGACCGCCGUACGUACCAUCAUUUACUGGGUUUGCAUGGCAGACUGGAUAGCAAUUCUAGAGGCGAAUUAAACUUCCCUGUGAAUUUACAUUGUUUUCUUUUGUUUUUGUUUCUCAGGUCUGCGUUCUUCAUCUUCUGUGCUGACUUCCGUGCCAAGAUAAAGAGUGAGCACCCAGGCCUGUCCAUCGGAGACACUGCUAAGAAGCUGGGAGUGAUGUGGAACAGCUCUGCAGCUGAGGAGAAGAAGCCAUACGAGAAGAAGGCUGCCACGCUGAAGGAGAAAUACGACAAGGUUAGCAGGGCUCUAUUACAACUUACAGAGAUGGGCUUUUCACGGACUGGAAUUCCUGCUUUUCUGGAUUAUCCUCUAUUCAAUAGUCAUUGUCACAAUGUAAUUAACCAACAUUUGAAGCAUAUUUCUUGGACAAUUGCUCUUUUGGAUCGCAAUUUGAGAAUUCAGUGUGGGAAAAGUACACUUAAUUUGCCCGCUUUAAAAUAGUAUGUCGGCAGAUAUAUCGGUAUUGGAUCCAAACAUAUCAGUCGGGCUCUAUAAAUAAUUAUGUUAUGUCCCACAGGAUAUCGCAUCAUACCGCACCAAUGGUAGAGUGGAUACGGCCUCCUCCGCAGCUGCUGAUGACGAAGAGGAGGAGGAGGAAGAAGACGACGACGAUGAGGAUGAUGACGAGUAG